AUGGCAAGUCCAACAAAUGGUGCUCCUAAUUCAAUACCAGAAUUGGCAUGCUACAAUACAACAUUUGAUCCUAACAACAUAAUCUGGAGGAGUGAUAAUGUCAUUGCAAAUCGCGUUCCUCUUUUGUCUAUUCAAAUUGCCUACAAUAUCUUCAUGUCAAGUAUUUUUCACCACAUCUUCAAGCCAUUGCACCUGCCUCUUAUCAUUGCCCAGAUGCUUGGUGGUGUAAUUUUGAGUUCAUCAUUGUUGGGAAGCAUCCCUGAAGUUUUUCACUCGAUUUACCGUCCAGAAGGAAUCCUGGCUGUUGAAACCUUUGCAAAUGUGGGAAUCAUGUACUAUGUUUUCCUUAGUGGGUUGGAGAUGAACUGUGAUUCCAUCUUGAGAUCAAGCAAGCAGGCUAUAAUCAUUGCUGUUGCUAGCAUUCUCAUUCCAAUACUGGUUGGAGCUGGUUGUCUUGCACUAGAGCAUUACUUUAUUGGUGGAUCACACAGUAUUCUCACCACUAAAGGGUAUAUGUUUUGGUGUGCAAUUCUUGCUGUCACAGGUUUUCCAGUCCUUGCAAGGCUCCUAUCAGAUCUGAAGAUCAUCUACACAAAGCUUGGCAAAGAUGCCGUAACAGCAGCCAUGUUAAUUGAUUCAUUUGGCUGGAUUUUGUUCACAUUCUUGAUUCCUUAUUCCCAUAAGGGCGGAAAACCACUUCUCUCAGUAAUAUGCACAUUGUUGUUCAUUUUGUUCUGCUUUUGCGUGGUGCGUCCAAUCUUGACACGCGUGAUUGAACAAAGAAUGAGGUCGGAGUCAUGGAACUACACAAAAAUGAUGGAUGUGAUGAUUGGACUUUUUGUUUGUUCAUGUAUCACAGACUUUCUUGGUGCACACCAUGUUGUUGGGGCCUUUGUCUAUGGACUAAUUUUGCCUAGUGGGAGGUUUGCUGAUUUGAUGUCGGAAAUGUUGGAUGAUUUCGUUACUGCAUUUGUUGUUCCUGUCUACUUUGCUAGUUUUGGCUUUAGACUACACCUGGAAUCACUUUGGUCUCAACCAGAUUCAGUUAUAUUUUCGUUCUUCAUGGUGUUCUUGUUAGCCAUCCCAAAAAUUUUAAGUUCUGUGUUGGUUACUUUCUUCUAUGGUAUGUCCUCAAGAGAUGGAGUGGGCCUUGGAUUGCUUCUCAACACCAAGGGCAUCAUGGCAGUGCUUCUACUGAGCAUUGCCUGGGAUAAAAGAAUUGACUAG